UCUUGCUCGCUCUACUCCCUUUAAAAUUACAGAUCGUUUUAACAUAAUUUAUCCAUAGUAAUGGUUAACGGUAACUGAGUAAAACGAGCAACUUCUUAAUCAAAUUUGCACACGACGAAGGCGAAAUUAUCAGUUUUUACCAUUCACUGGACAUCUAGGUUAGCGAGUUAGCUAUGCCGGAUACUUUUCAUCGCUCUGUUUGCGGAAUAAAAGUGGUGACUCACACAAAGCAGCGGAAGCUAUACAUUUAGCGUCCAGUUACAUGCGAGCUUGUGUUAUGACAGCUGGCUACAUAGGACGUUAGUGCUUUAAAGUAGUUAUAGCUACCGGCUAAUUACGGAAUUUAUCGUUGAUCAGUUGCGAGCCGCAUAUACUAUGGAUACUCGGUUUUAGCUGGUUAAAUUGCAAACGACAACCUUAUGUUAUGUGACGUCCUUCUUGGGUUUUCAAUGGGUUACCGGUGUGUGACGGAAAUACAUAACUUCGUACAAGUUAAAGUUAGACCCCAUGAAAUUGGAAAGAGACAUGUAAGCCAGGAAACUUUGUUCUAGGCUUAAGUCUGGACCUGCACCAUGUCCAAAGAGUCCUUCACUGAAGCCGGACUUCAAUUUGACGAGCUCAGUCGGAUGCGGGUUCUGGACCCCGAUGUGGCUCAAAGCACCAGCGAGCUGAAGACGGAAUGCAAGGAGUUUAUGGAGAAAAUCAGCCAGUUUCAGAAGGUGGUGAACGGACUAAUUAAGACAGUGGAUGAGCUGGCGAGGGAAGCGGAGACAGAAAAGAUGAAGGCAAUAGGAGCCAGAAACGUGCUGAAGUCAGUGGCCAAGCAGAGGGAGACCCAGCAACAGCAGAUUCAGGGUCUAAUUGCAGAAAAGAAGAUGCAGCUGGAGAGGUACCAAGUUGAGCAUGAGGCACUAUGCAAAGUGGAGUCGGAGCAAACAGAAUUCAUUAAUCAGUUUGUUCUCCAAAAAUGAGCCAUUCACAGAGGGACCCAACUUGAGGUUGUUCUGAAGCGGUCAUGGUACAAUCGCAGGGUGGCAAAAGCCUCCCCUACAAGAAGGAAUGGUACUACCCAUCAGAUGGGAAAUUCACAAGGUUCUGAGUCCAUGCAGAGGUACCAUGGUAGGAAUUUGUUCUAAUUUAUUCCAGGAACUUGUGGGCAGCUGUUCUGAUUGGAUGUAAGAAUAAUUCUUAAUCAACAUGAGUGUUACUUCUGCUUAAAUAAACCGGUUCCAGCCUUUAAUGUUUUUAAAGUAAUUUACAGUUUAUCCACAAUUGCUAUUUAUCUACAAAUGAGUGCAUGGUAUUUAUACUAUUUAUACCAAAAAGACAGUUCUGUAUUUAUAGUAAAAUAAAUGUAAAAGUGGUCCGAUGUAAUGUUUUAAUAAUGUAUUUUACAUGACCAGAGCAAACUAUGCUCUAUAACGUCUAGCUUUCUAGAAGCCUGUUCAUAUUUGUGUGUGUUGAUCAUUGGGACCAAAGGUGUAGUGAUUUUGAUGUUUUUGUUAAAGGUGCUUUGAUAUUUUAUGAGUUAAAGAAUUUUUAAUCAGUUUAUGAAUGAAAUUCAUAAAAAUAUACCAAAGUAGUAAGAUGAUGAUGUUUGAAUAAUGGGCUGAGUGUAUGUAUGUAUACGUGUAUAUGUGUAUGUAUAGACACACAAAUGCACAAGAUACUGCAUUUGUGUGUAUAUAUCUACAAGUAUUCAAAUAUAAAAAGUAAUCAACAAGAA